AUGUGCUGCUGCCUGGACGCCUUCCACGCGCCCUCGGUGCAGCGAGGAGGGGGCUCUGCACCCCAGCCCCUGAGCUGCCCCCUCAUCUCCCUGCCUUGGCCUCCUGGCACGUCCCCACCACCACCACCACGCCGCGGAGCCGGUGCCCCGACCACGUCUUUUUCCAGUCCCAACAAAGACCUCCCAGUGCCGCUGGGCGAGCUCCUGAGCUGGGUCUCCGACAUCAGCAGGUCGUGGAUGGGCUCGAGGGGAGCCCCGGAGGCAGCAGCAGCUCGGCCGUGCUCGCCGGCACAGUGUGGCUGGAUGUCCAUACCACUUCCCCUCAUCGCCGCCCUGGAGCCCGUCCCCCGCCCUGAGGCCGGUGGGGCCGCACCUGAGGACACAGGGACGUUCUCCCUCACCCUUUGCACUUGCCAGAGUCCCCAGCCAGAGACUGGGCCCACACUGCCCGAGCAGCCGAUGGCCCAAGAAGCACCCACAGGGUCACCUGGCCCCCACUCGCCCCACACACCCCUCCUCCCCAGGGGUGGCCUCCCAGUGUGGUGUCGGGCUCACUGCGGAUCUCCAACACAUCUCCUCCUUCCCACCUGCUCUCAUCUGCCUCCUGUAAAUCCAGUCAUGUUACCCUCCGCCUCUGGUGUCGUUAUUGCUCUCAUUACCCCAUUUGGCUUUGCAUGAGGCGCCACCGCACGCGGCUCCAGGACAGUCCCCACUCCCGGGGCCCCCCACACCCCGACCACCACUCAUGGGGACAGUGGGGGUCCCUGGAUUACCCAAACACAUCUCUUUUUGGGGGCAAAACACUAAACUUGUACGUACCGCGAAGUUUCUGUAAAAGGAGCAGCGCGGACCCAGGGCUCGCCCGCAAGGGCAGUAAAGGAGAAUCCUCUGAAACCAGCCGGCAGC